AUGUGUGCACUAGGGGCUGAUCAGUCGCCGGCUACGACGGCUGGAAUAUCGUACCAGGAGCCGGGAAUGCCGAGCUUGGAGAAGAAGGCUCGAACGUUUCGCCAGACUUUUACUGUUCCGGAGCGGACGCGAAAAACCCGGACGCCGUUCAAAGGAGGACCGGUUUUCGAUCUGCUGUGCGUGAUUGAUGAGGCCGCCUCUCGGCCUCGUCACUCAAGUCAGGCAGGCAUCGACGCACCCGUCGGUCGACACGAAGGCGAGUUCGCCAACACGAAGACCGACCACGCGACCCUCGCCAGAUGCAUGCUGGUCCUCUUCCGUUCUGGGCAGCGCGUCCAACCAGGCGACAUGUGGCAAAUCGCUUUUUACUGUCUUCUUUCGGAUACAGUCUCUGUUCCGUCCGUCGUUGUUCGCCCACUCACUCCCGCUCUUGCAGUCGUGAUCUGGUUCGGUUCUGCGCGAUCCCGGUCUUGCCACUGCAAAUGCCACCAACCACUGCUGACAUGGCGUUACGAAAACUGCCCGCCGCCGUUCAUUGGGUGGCGCGUAAUCUGGUUGGAUUACGUUUCGCACAUGAUGUUUAUGUCGAUCGCUGAUUGGACAGCUGUCCAGGAGGAGGUAAUUGACGUAUCCGCGUUUACCGCGUGUAUAGAGAAGCGCUAUGUCCGACAUAGAACGACACUGUUGUUGGUCACUGCCUGUGGUAGAGGCAGGAGCCUUGAUUUUGGACUUCAGUCACCGACCGAGUUCACGAAAACGAAGAAACGAAACAAGGACAAGAGGUUGAGCGAUCGUCCUCCGUUGCCGUCCGUCCGUCCGCUGCAGACGAUGUUCUCGUUUCUGCCGGCCGCUUCCGUUGGCGCAGCAGCACUCCAGUUUUUGCCUAGGACGAGGCUUUUUCCUUCCCCGUUGACAGAUCGGUCGAACUACGGCGAAUUCACGGGAACCGAUCGACUCUCGACGAGCACAAACACCGAUUACAUUCGCCGUGAGAAUAUGGAUGUGGUAGACGAGUCGAUUGGCGGUUGGUAUGCAGUAAUCACCAUCAUUACGAACGAAGGCGUACGCUUGCUGCAUGCGAAGUUCGCCGGGCGCGAAAUUGUCAUACGCAGCGUCGCGUUAAACAAUGGCGUUUCCUUGCCUGCGCAUCAAAUAUCGUAUGACAACCCGUGUGCGUUCCGCCAGUCAGUCAUUGUGUCGGUGGACGUGGAGGCGAACGUCGAUGCGUAUUCUGUGGAGUGA